AUGUUCAUGUUAGGACCCAGUAAUUUAUCGUGGGAAAAUAUUCACUCAAUCAAAUUUCAAGCAUACUGGGAAGGUGCUUGGUUGAUCUAUCACACUCUGGUCGAAGGGCCGAGCCUUGAUCAAAAUACUCGAGAAUCCUUAACCACGGAAGAGGGAGCUGGGCUUUUAAGUCAAGUCUUUUUCUUCUGGGUUUUACCAAUGCUUAAGCAAGGGUACCUGAAUACUUUGACACUUCACAGUCUACCUGAAAUUCACUCAAAACUACGACCUGAGACUCUCCGACAGAAGCUUCUGGGCGCAUGGACAGCGAGAUCUAAGCCUGUCACCAAGUGGAAGUUGCCACUUUUGUUGCUGCAUUCGUUGAAGAUUGCUUUUCUAUCUCCGAUCCUGCCCCGACUCUCGCUUAUUGUAUUCCGGUAUCUGCAGCCUAUCUUCAUUAGCCUUGCAAUUAAUUUUGUCAGAAACUCAUCCUCAGGAGAUGGGUUCUAUUUAGUAUUAUAUGCCACAGUCAUUUACAUGGGAUUGGCAGUUUCCGCAGCGAUUUACCAGCAUCGAGUGAAUCAGUUACAAAUCAUGAUCAGAGCAGGCAUGAUUAGUCUUAUCCAUGACCACUCACUGAAAGUUCCCAUAAGAAGCUCUGAUGGUUCCGAGGCUUUGACCUUGGUAGGAAUAGAUAUUGAAAGUAUCGAAUCAUCAGGAGAGAUUUUCCACGAGACUUGGGCUCAGCUGUUUGAAGUUAUUAUUGGAACUUUCAUCCUGACAGCGCGAGUGGGGUGGCUUGCGUUUCUGCCAUUGAUCAUCAUAUUCGGCUGUUCAAGAAUGAGUGUUUAUGUCGCUAGAAACCUGGAGGGUAAACAAAAAGACUGGAACCUUGCUACUCAAAAACGGAUUGCAGUUAUCACGUCGACCUUGAGUGGCAUCAAGAGUCUUAAAAUGCUGGGCAUGGAAGACGCAAUUCAGACCCAGAUUUCAUACUUGAGAAAACAAGAGUUACACACUUCGAAGGGGAUGAGAUGGAUUUUGGUGGCAUAUAAUGCAAGUGCAAAUGCGCUUGGUAUCUUCGCCCCUGUUGCCACGUUAAUAAUAUAUGCAACUUUGUUACACGGUGAAGAGCCUAUUCAGGCUGGUGAAGUUUUCUCUUCCCUUGCACUUCUGGCUAUGGUAACACACCCAGCGAAUAUGGUUAUGACCUUAGCCCCUCGCGCAGUUGCUGUAAUGGCAAAUUUUGCCCGAGUGCAGUCUUAUCUAACGAAGCCACCAAUCGAGGAUAGCCGUCAAUGCACAGCCGAACACCAUAUACACCAAUUUGCUUCAGUAAAUAAUGUGACUAUCAAGUCCGCUUCAGGAACUCUAGCCAUUCUCCAAAAUGUCUCUUUAGAUAUGGGGAAAGAUGAGCUGCUCCUCUGUGUCGGUGCUGUGGGAAGUGGAAAAACAACUCUGGCAAUGGCCCUACUAGGAGAGGCAACACCAUCAUCUGGCAUCAUCCAGGUGUCAUCAAAGCAAAUUGCAUAUUGUGCGCAAGAACCUUGGCUUCCGACCGCCAGCAUCUGCGAUAUAAUAUCAGGGGAGGCUGUUGAUCUAAAUUCGGAGUGGUAUAAUACGGUCAUUGAUGCAUGUGGAUUGUUUCCUGACUUCAAAAAGCUUCCUGAUGGUGACAAAACCAUGAUUGAAAAUAAUGGUAUCAAUCUAUCGGGAGGACAGAAACAACGCAUUGCUCUGGCUCGGGCCAUAUACUCUCGAUAUAAAUUUCUAGUUCUCGAUGACCCUUUCAGUGCGCUUGACAAAAAUGUAAGAGAUCAUGUAAUAAAUGGUCUUUUUGGCUCAGGAGAGCUACUCAAGCGGAUGGGUGCAACGCUAUUUUUGACAAGUAACUCAACAACACUCUAUCGAUUUGCGGAGAAGGUAGUAUCACUAAAAGAUUCAAUGGCCUACACCCAGGUUUCAUUCGGUGAAGAAGAUCCAAAGGCCUUUUCAACGACUCCCCUCUCGAUUGAGACAUCUUCUGGUAGUGAUCGGAUCACAAUAUCAAAUGGAUCAAAUCGAUCUAGUCAGACUCAUCGAUCGAAUGAUGCUGCAAAGGGUAUACCUCAAAGGCCCGACGAUACGGCAGUCUACGGAUUCUAUCUCAAUUCGGUUGGCCAUUUGAACGCCCUUCUCAUGACAUUUUGUACCGCGACAUACUCCUUUACCCUGACUUUUUCUCAUUAUAUACUCAAAUGGGCCAUUGAAGCACCCCCAGAAGACCUGCGACUAUACAUGUGUUUCUACGCUGCAAUAUCAGGUAUCGCAUGGAUAGCAACAAAUGGUACCAUGUGGUCGACUCAAAUCAAGAUUGCCAUACGCUCUGGAGAGAUGCUCCAUGCUCAGCUUCUCGAUAGAAUUCUCCGGACGCCUCUUGCAUAUUUUACAGAAACACAAGUUGGCGUUACAUUGAAUAGAUUCAGCCAAGAUAUAUCUCUUAUUGAAAAACAGCUUCCUCCGGCAUUUGCCAACCUAAACACCCAGAUCUUCAAACUUCUAGCGCAAGUAUUGCUCAUACUGAGCGUCCAGCCUUUGAUGACAGCAACGGUUCCAAUAUGUUUCAUCUUCGUAUAUUUAAUUCAACGGAUUUACCUCAGAACGUCCAAACAACUUCGCUUCCUCGAUCUGGAGUCUAAGUCACUCAUUUAUACCACCUUGCUCGACACGGUGAACGGUGCAAGUACGAUUCGAGCUUUUGGCUGGCAGAAAAAGUUCCAGCAGAAACUUGAUCAAGCAUUGCAUAUUUCUCAAAAACCUUCGUACCUCCUUCUUUGUUUGCAAUGUUGGUUGAGGGUUGUUCUGGAUUUCUUAAUUGCAUUGAUCGCGAUCACUCUCAUUGCAAUCGCAAUCGGAUCUAGAGACACUACGACCGGGGCAGACAUUGGAUUAGCCCUCAAUCUCAUUAUAGUGGCAAACACGACGCUUUUGAAGCUUGUACAAUCGUGGGCAUCUUUAGAUACCUCUUUGGGAGCUGUAUCUCGAUUGAAAAGCGUGCAAGAUUCUUUGUCUAUUGAAGACGAGGACAGGGAGACCUUGGAUCCAGGGCCACAGUGGCCAUUGUCGGGUAACACACUGAUAGAAAAUAUUUCGGUAUCCUACUCCUCUUCAUCAACAGAUCUUGCCUUACGGAAUAUCUCUCUUCGAAUUACUGCUGGGCAAAAGGUUAUGAUCAUGGGUCGAACAGGAAGCGGAAAGAGCACACUCAUGCUUUCUUUACUUAAGCUUCUGAAUCCUAGAGAAGGGAGAAUUGAAAUAGACGGUUUGGAUAUUGCUGGAAUUUCCUCCCGUGCCAUGCGUCGACGCGGGAUUAUAGCAGUGCCACAAGAUGGCUUCAAUAUCCCAACGGCAACUCUACGACUUAACCUGGAUCCUUAUCACACAAGCUCCCAAGAGACAAUUAUCAGGGCUCUGAAAAGGACACAACUUUGGGAGAGGCUUAGUUCAGUUUCUCUCCAUGAAAUUCAUGAAGGACCAGAUGAAAAUUGGGAAAUAACGAGAAUACUUGACAUGCCCAUGUCAUCAUUCCUACCACUGUCAACUGGCCAAUUGCAACUCUUUGCACUAUCUCGGAUGCUGCUGCGAGUAUGGUCGGAAGUACAGACAAAGCCCAUUGUUAUCUUAGAUGAAGCUAGCUCUUCCCUAGACCCUGCAACUGAGUCUAUCCUCCAUGGGAUUUUAGUUGAGGAUCUCUCAUCUCACACAGUUGUGAUGAUCGCCCAUAAAGUUGAUGGAAUUGUCAGUGCCAUGCGACCUGGGCAUGAUAAAGUUGUGACAAUACUGGAUGGUCAACUAUCAACUCAAGUGCUGAAUCUUUUAUGA